AUUUAUAGUUGAUCUCCAAGCAAUUUUACCAAGCAGAAUUCGUUUAUAAAUUCUUAGUAGCUAUUGAAUAUUUGUAAUGGCUUUAAUAACCACAUUAAACACUAAAUUCAUCUCCGAACACAUUGUCAAACCUUCGUCUCCAACACCUAACCAUCUUCGAUCUCUACGAGCCUCGUUGUUUGAUCAUAUAAACGUACCUAUCCUAAUGCCCCUUAUCUUCUUCUUUUACUCUCAAAAACAUACUACCAAGAUUGGUGCUAAUGAUGUCUUGGAUCGACUCAAAAAAACCCUUCCCUAUGCAUUAUCCGUUUUCUAUCCACUAGCAGGGCGUGUUCUGGAUGCUAAUUCCAUAAGCUGUAACGACGAGGGUGUGCCCUAUGUGCAAGCUGAGGUGGAUAAGCCAUUGAUAGAUGUAGCUUACAAGGCCGAGAUCUCUCAGCUUGAUAAAUUGUUACCCCCUUAUGGCCAAGAAGGGUUUACGGCCUUGUUGUUAGCCAUCCAAGUCAAUGUUUUUACUUGUGGCGGUCUUGCCAUUGGGGUGAAGAUGAGUCAUGCCAUUUCCGAUGCCUUUUCUUUUGUGAUGUUUGUCAAAACAUGGGCAUCUAUGGUCGCCAAUGGUAAUAACCAAUAUCAUCACAAUCUUUGUGGCCGCCCUUGUUUCGAUAUAUGGAAACUUUUUCCACCUUCGACACCAAAAUUUAACAAUUUUGAUGAUUGUGAUGCCAACCAAAAUGCUGAUUUUAUCAAGGAUAGACCGGUUUCAAAGUGGUUCAUCUUUAGCGAAGAAAAGUUACAUGUACUUAGAUCCAAACUAUUUCCCGAAACUAAUACAAGUACCAGUCCUAAUAGGGCUAGAGUUCCUUCCCUCCCUAUGGUAUUAUCAGCCUUCGUUUGGAGUAGGAUCAAGUUAUCUUGUUACAAUAGUGUCAAUAGUAUACCUUAUGAAGUUUAUCAUGCGGUUAAUCUUCGCCCUCGAGUGAGUCCACCUGAUGAUCAAUCAUAUUACUUUGGUAACAUGGUUGUAAAUGCUAUAAUAAAGUUGUGUACGACGAUCAAUGAUAAAAACAUAUCAAAUUGUCAACGCCACUUCUUAAACCAAAUGAACGAGUCCAUCGGAAAAGUAAACAAUGAUGAGUUCAUAAGAGAAAUGCAAGAGGGUAAAGAGGACUUGAAGUUUAUAACACAGCACUUCGAAAGGGAGAGCAAAGGAGAUAUCGUUGCACUCGGGUUCAGCAAUUUACGGAGCUUGCGGGUCUAUGAAGCUGAUUUUGGUUGGGGGAAGCCAAUUUGGGUUACAUCGGCAACACUAAUGUUCAAGAAUUUGGUCAUAUUCAUUCCUGCUGGUCCAUCGUCCAAUAAUAUUGUAGCUUAUAUCAACUUGAAUAGCGAAGAUAUGGCUAAACUCGAAAAUGAUAAAGAAUUUACUGUGCUCGUGUCCAAGGCACCUCAUGCUACCAGCAAGCUCUAAGAAUCUAAGAACUCGAUUUUAUAUUUUUCAUAAGACGGGUUAAAGUUAUCUUAAAUGUAUUUAAAGUUACU